AUGAAGAUCUCAUUGUUCUCUCUCUCGGCAGUAGUCGCGCUGACGAUCGCCUUCACACCCUCUCUUUCCUCAGCCGCCCCAACUUCACCUCUCCCCAUCCCACCCAUCAACCGACGCCCUCACAACGACAACGGCGCUACCGCCUCUGCAGCCUAUGCUUCUGCCUUUGCAGCCUCUGCAGAUAUUGCCUCCUUCAAGAACGACCGCGUCGUACGGAUCAACGUCCAAACUCCAUCCGACCUCAAGACCCUCACCGAUAGCGAACGCUCUCUUGAGUUGGACUACUUCACCCACACCAAGGGCAUCGGCGGUACCAUCGACAUCCGCGUCCCCGCAAAGUCAUUCAAAUCCUUCCAGGCCCUGCAUCUGAACUAUACGACGGUUGUGGAAGACCUCCAGGGGGUGAUUGAUGAAGAGGCCCAGAAGAAUGGGGAGUAUCUGGAGCAGGUUUGGGGAGCGUCUGUGGAACAGGUCCAGAACUCUCUCCGCCUCAACCGGGGAGGUCAUGGAGGUAGGGUGGAGGAAGAGAGUCAGAUCUAUGCGUCACCUAUGGCGGCGAGUGCAUGGUUCCGGGGGUACCAUUCGUAUGCGGACCAUGUGAAGUGGUUGAAUGCUCAGGUGAAGGGAAGUAAAGGCAAGGCCAAGGCGUUCAGUGCUGGCAAGAGCUUUCAGGGUCGCCCUCAGGCAGGGAUUCGGUUGGGGACUGGAAAGAAGCAUAUUGUCUUCCAUGGGACUCAGCACGCCCGUGAGUGGGUCACCACCAUGACCGUUGAGUAUAUGAUCUCGCAGUUGCUGAAUAGUAAGGAUAAGAAGGUGGCAGGGUACUUGAAAAAGUACACGUUCCACAUCAUCCCGAUCAUGAACCCAGAUGGAUUUGUUGUCUCCCAGACGACUAACCGUAUGCACCGCAAGAACGCUCAGCCCAACCCUGGUAGCCGCUGCCUCGGCACCGACAUCAACAGAAACUGGGACAGCCAUUUCGGACAAGGAGGAAGCUCCACCGACCCCUGCGCAGACGACUACAUGGGUCCACGCGCAUUCUCAACCCCAGAAGCAGCCAACAUUGCCCGCUACCUCCGCUCCCUCCCUAACGUAGCCGCCUACCUCGACAUCCACUCCUUCUCCCAACUCUGGAUGGUUCCCUUUGGUUACUCCUCCACCCGUCCGGGUACCUAUGCGUAUAUGGACGGUUUGGCUGAAAAGGCUGUCAAUGCUCUUGCAAAGGUUCAUGGAACGCGGUUUAGGCAUGGAGAUAUUUUCCAUACGAUCUAUCAGAGCUCGGGGACGAGUGUUGAUUAUGCGUAUGAGGUUGCCAAGGCUGGGGUGGCGAUGGCGGUUGAGUUGAGGGAUACUGGACGGAAUGGGUUUAUGUUGCCUGCGGAGCAGAUCUUGCCGACUGGCGAGGAGACUUGGGCAGCCCUUUCUGCGAUCCUCGACAACAUCAAGUAA